AUGCCUCUCAUCUGGUGGACGGACUUGCUUCUCCAGCUCGGUUAGCACUAGAUGCUGUUAACUGCGCCAACGUUGUCCUGUUGUGAACACCUAGUUAAGAGCAAGGUAACUGCUAGUUAUCGUUAACCACCGAGCAGCCGCUAUGGACUCGUGGCUCCGCUUCUCGGCGCAGAGUCAAAGCAAAGAGCGACUCUUCAGGGCAGCUCAGUACGCCUGCACUCUGCUGGGCUACACGCUGCAGAAGGGCGGCACAGCAGCCGAACUCAGGAAAACCGUCAGUCAGCUGGAGGCACACAUGAGUCUGACGAGGAAGUUGAUGCGUCUGGGAAACUCGGUGGAGGCUCUGGAAGCCGCCAAGAGAGCCAUACACCUGUCCGACAGCGUGCUGAGGCUCUGCCUGACCAUCAGCCACCUCAACAGAGCCAUGUACUUCGCCUGCGACAACGUCCUGUGGGCUGGAAAAACUGGCCUCAUCUCCAAACUGGACCAGCACAAGUGGAGCCAGAGGUCUUUUAGGUAUUACCUCUUCGCUCUCAUCCUCAACCUGACUCGCGACGUUUACGAGCUGCGACUCCUCAUGGAGUCAGAAGCGCGUUACAGAGCCACCAAAUCCUCGCCCAGCACCACCCAGCCCGAAGAGCAACUGAUCACUCCCGCCACUCCGGUCACCGCGGCGCUGCCCUUCGUGUCGGUAUGGCUCCGCAGACAGCUGCACCUGCUGGUGACGGUGUUGUACAGCAACCCACCGCUGCUCCUGGACCUGCUGAAGAACAGCUGCGAUAUCUUCAUCCCACUGGACCGGCUGGGGAUUUACCCCACGGGGUCGGGCUUUGUCGGUGCCUGUGGCCUGACCUCCUCUGUCCUGUCCAUCCUGACCAUGAUUCAUCCCUGGCUCAAACUCAAGCCAUGAAUCCCAGACAAUGAGUGGAGACGGACAGUGGAGCCACAGAGACUGAUCAUCAGGCUGUGAAGUAAAAGUUUGUGAUAUGGAAGCAGGACAUCUGAAUACUUCAGGUAACAUUAACAUGAGUGACACCGCGCAGCUCAUCACUGAGCAUCAGCAGCAGCUCUGCUCACUGUCGUCCCAUCGUAACACAUCAUUGUCUCCCAGAAGUUCAGAGAGACAGAGGGAAACGUAAAUAGACUGUUUUUUUGAAGUGUGGUUGUAUAAACGAGUCUGACACAUAGUCAGCACUAAGAAGUUGAGCACUUUCAACCACUUUAAAUACCUUGAAAAUGUGUUGAACCUUUCAUCUUUUCUGACUGGAAACUGAAGCCACUAACUCACCACCGUCCACGUCUGUUGAAAGCAGAGCUCCUGCUAAAAUAAACACAAACAAAAGGAUUUCCAAACACCUGUUUGAACCGCAGUGGAUUAAUUACUCCUGCAUGAUGUGAAUAAAUAGAUUUCUUUAUGCCAUUUUGUUUGUAAAGUGAAACAAACUUCAGUGACAACACUGACAAAAGUCAGUGUUGACUGUAUUUCAUACAACCACACUUUAAAUACCUGAAUUAUCCCUUUAACAACAAUCGUCUUUUCUAUCUACGGACGUUAAGAAUAGUCGCCUCUUACGACGCACCUCUUCAUAAUCUCGCUGAUUUCCUUAUACCCUUGUGUGAUAUUUAACCAAACAAAAUGUCUGCCAUGAUAUUGGACAUUGUUCUUCAGUCGUGGUGUCACCUGCAUAUGUACGACCGAUGUGGAACAAUGAGUGAAGACACUAGACGUGGUGUCAAGCGGGGAAAACUGAUUUCACUGUGUUUCUGUCAAACCUUCUGCUAACAACUUAAAGUGUGCAAGUACUUGUCCGUCUCUGUUGGGACAUGUCCAGUCCAACACUUAAGAGACAUCAGCAUGUAGAGUUAAGUCAGCCGACUGCUCUUCAGUCUAAUCAUACUAGUCUUUAGUUGAGACAGCGUCGUGUCUCGCAUGUUACAACUCUUUUAAAGUUUUGAGAAUAAAUCUAAAGAGGAUAGUUCAGGGUUAUUUUGUGGUUGUAUAAAGCUUGACUUUGCUUCCUCUGUGUGCUUAGACACAUUCAGGAGACGUGAGGACAGGUAAGGACAAUAGAAAAAUAUCAGUAAGUUCAAAUUUGUACAUUUGUGACCCACAGGCCAGAAGCUUCCUUGUCUCUGAAAGCUAAAAACACAGAUUUUGUCUAUUAAAUUUAGAGUGUGAGGUUUACAAAAGUGAAUCAAACUUUAGUUCUUUUUAAUGGAAAAGGCUGUUAAACUGUAAGAAAAGCAUUUAACAUAUCCCUUAAGCUAUUGUUGACUUAAUGACAGACAUUUUUCAAGAUUCAUCUAUUUAAGUAGCAGUCAACUGUAUAUAGCACCAUGUAUACAGUUUCCUAUACAACCACACUUCAAAAAUCCUGAACUAUCCCUUUAACAUUACGGUGUUUCAGGUACAAACCGGUUUAAUAUAUUCUUAAUUAACAAACUGAGAUUUUCUAAGCUUCAGUGUGAACUACUGUGAUCUACAAAGACAAUAAAAUGCACUCAAAACUAA